UAUGCCAUUUUUGGCAGCCUGCUGACAACCACAAACAGAGAAUAAACAGUAGCAGAUAUUGUCUUUUUUCUUUCUACAACUCUAUGGUCUAUCUAAAGACAUAUCUAAAAGUCUAAUCAAGUGCUUUACUCAAUCCACAAUAUAAUGUCAGGACUCUUGAAUGAGAGCAAGACUUUUUGGGUAUCUGAGUUUUAGUACUAAAUAUCAGUUAGGAAACUCUGAAACUCAUUUCAAUGGCUACAAAGAUGGGAAAUAAGAUGACCCAGAUUGUGCUUUACUCAAUCCACAGUAUAAUGUUAUGACCCUUUGAGGAGAGCAAAACUUUUUGGGCAUCUGGGUUUUAGUAUUGAAUAUCAAUUGGGGGUACUCUGAAACUCAUUUCAAUGGGUAGAAAGAUGGGAACCAAGAUGACCCAGAUUGUGCUUGUGAAGAAGUUUGUGACCAAGUUGCAGAGGCUUGUUAAUGCUAGCAGGGCAAUUGGGUAUGCCCUUUCCCCCAAUGGAAGGAAAGGUUAUACUUAUUUCUCUUAUGACUCUGGUGGCAAUGGAGUUGGUGGUCUUCCUAGGGAUGUCCCUAAAGGCCACUUUGCAGUAUAUGUUGGGAGUGAAAGGGCCAGAUUUGUAGUACCCACAACUUAUUUGAGCCAUCCCAUAUUCCACACACUGCUAGAGAAAGCUGAGGAAGAGUAUGGAUUUGAUCACCAAAUGGGUCUUACCCUUCCCUGUGAGGAAGUUGCCUUUGAGUAUAUAACUUCUGUCUUGGGGAGGGAGGAUCCCACAGUGGAAAACCUUGAGCUGAACAAGAUAUUGAGCUUCUUUUAUGAUACCAGGCAUCCAUCAAAGGUGUUUUCUGAUUGCUAGAUCUUCUCUGAUGGGUGGCAGGUCAGAUCCAACUAUCUUUAAGGCCAGGAUGAUCAGAUGACUUAGAAGAUUUUGCAGCAUCAAGACCUGGAUAUUGAGGAGUGAUCUUGUAUUCUUCUAUAUUUUAUAUUGUGAAUAUGUGUAUAUAUUUUUAAUUUAAUAGAAAUUGAUGCACGUAUUCAUUAAAAAAUCAAAUUACUUUCUUUGAAAUGUUCAGAUCAAUGCCUUUUGAUAGCUCAUGAAUCCAUUUCUAGCUGAUGAUAAUGUGCAAAUUAUGUGGGUGAAUUUGUACCAUGAUUGAAUUACUGAAAUACAACUGAUUGAUCUGUGUUUGGCCUUCCAA